ACGGCACGUGCUUUAUAAUUGGGAGAGGACGGAAUCGGCCUCGCAGCAAGGCGGUCUAGCUGUUGAUACCGGGCAGCAGCCAAAGCUAGAACAGAGACUUCUACCGAAUCUUUUUAACACGAUGUCUCGAGCUUCUACGACUGCCGUGUUUGUGGCGGGAAUGCUCCUUACGGGCUGCUCAAAUUCGUUGUUGACAAAGUUUCAAGAUAAUCAGUGUGUGCAGAAUUGCGAAGGUCCCGCGAGCCAGAGGCGGUAUUUUGAGCAGCCCGUUAUUCAGACGUUUCAGAUGUUUAUCGCCGAAGCAGCCUGCUGGUGCUUUGUGUUUCUGGGUGACAUGUAUUCCUCCUAUUAUAAUCGUGACGCCAGCACCAUUUCUGGCAAUACGCCGGAGAACCGAAACGACGGCCAAGAUUAUCUACAGAUAUCGACAGAUGCCAAUCUCAGCCUUCUAUCAUCUGAGGUGAAUCACGAUAUUGAGCUUGAUCUUCAAGAGAUGCCAGCUCUAGAUGGGAAAAAAGUAUUUGGACUCUCAAUUCCCGCUUUUUGCGAUAUAUGUGGAACCACGUUGAUGAACGUUGGUUUGUUUUUCACUCCUGUCAGCAUCUAUCAGAUGACCAGAGGUGCCCUCGUAUUAUUUGUGGGUCUUUUCAGUGUCAUGUUUUUACGCCGGAAACUUCUGGCUAAACAGUGGUUUGCAUUGGGAAUCGUGGUCGCUGGUGUCUUCAUUGUGGGACUGAGCGGGGUGAUCUAUGCUCCCGAUACCGAUGCCGCGAAUGACGAUGAGGUCGAACGCUCUUUAAUGCAAGUUGCAUUUGGUGUUCUGCUCAUUGCCUUAGCUCAAGUGUUCACUGCUACCCAGUUCGUUUACGAGGAACACAUCUUGAAUGACUAUCAACUCGACUCUCUACGUGUUGUCGGUUAUGAAGGAAUAUUUGGAUUACUUCUCACCGGUGUGAUCAUGUUGGUUGGAUAUUUAUUUAUUGGUGUCACGGAAGACGGUAGCGGUGGAUAUUUUGAUGUACCGACAGCAGUCUCUCAGAUUUUCACACACAAAGGGGUGUUUAUUUCAUCAUUAUUGAUCAUGGUAUCAAUAGGCUCUUUCAAUUUUUUUGGGAUCAGUGUGACCAAAACCGUGAGCGCUACCAGCCGCUCCACCAUUGAUACCUGCCGGACCUUGGGCAUUUGGAUGAUUUCGAUCAUACUGGGAUGGGAGUCCUUCAAUAUGUUGCAGCUAUUCGGAUUUGCGCUGCUUGUAUAUGGUACUCUUGUUUUCAACGGGAUCAUUCCCCCGUAUGUGCUCGAAAGGUUUUCGGAGACGGGGCGAAUAAGACUAGAAACAGAUGACGGCGAGUAAAGCACUGGACUUGCCUUCUAGACACCUGAUUACCAGGUCAAAAUCUAAAUAGUCGAGUCUUUUUCAAAUUUAUUUAAAUGUCUCGAAGAACAAUUUUCCCGAUUCUAACCUGCAUGGUAGAAAUAAGCAUUACCGCCCCCAAGCCGCUCGUUAAAAGAAGAAAGCAUCGACAGAUGGCACCGGUCAAUAAAGCAAAAAAAUAAAGCCCAACAACAGUUCGUUAACUUGUAAUCUCAGAACUGCCGUUGCCCAGAAUCGAACUGAGGUCUCUUCGGCCACAACGAAGUGUACUGACCACUAUACUACAACGGCUCAUUCCUCAAAACAAAGGUAAUUUAGCU